AUGGCUCCUUCCACCCUAAAAAAUAUUUCGAAUUUGGGUGAUUACUAUGUUGAUAACCGCAAGCCUCCCACUGCAGCGGAAUGGUUUCGACUGUACCAGAAGUUCACGAACAACUUCUACGUCGGCAGUGAUGAGGUGGUACUGUGGGACAACGCGACGUCCGUUGUGGUGUUCUUGACGGACACCACCCGCUUCAACCGGGAGGACACGCGUCUGCUGCUGGCGUGGACCGUGCUGCGAAAUCUGGUGGUCUACACCAGCGCCGUCGCCAUGAAGAGGCUUCAGGAGGCACCCGUCGAGGAUUUCUGCAUGAAGACCGUCUCGGGUGUACUGGACGCAGCCGUCACCAGCCGCUACGUGAGCACGUACACUCCGCGGAGAGUUUUCCAAGCCGCCACGACGUUGGCGCUGAACAUGAUCAAAGCCCUGCAGUACAAAAUGACCCACACGCCAUGGAUCGUGCCUCCAGUGCAGAACGUGACCCUGAAGAAGGCCAGGAGCAUGCGGCUCGUCAUGGGCUAUCCCAAGCACCUCGAAAACACCACCGAGUUGGAGAAGUUUUAUGCGACGUUUCCGGACGCUGGGCCUGGUUUUGUGACGCCUUACCUGGAGAUGCACAGGCACCUGACCAGCCAAACUUUUUCGAACAACGAAACUGAGAACUUCACCACCGGUCACGCCAACGCCUUCUACUCGGCCGGCCAGAACAGCAUGACGAUUUUGGGCGGAAUAGUGCAGCCGCCCAUGUACUUUCCCGACGGAACGGCAGCUCUGAACUACGGAGGCCUGGGCCAGGUCAUCGGUCAUGAGAUAAUGCACGCCUACGACAUCGAUGGUAUCACGUACGACGAUACGGCCCACAGCGUCAAGUUCGGCAAUACUUCGACGAUGAGGGAAUACGAGCGCAAGGUGCUGUGCCUCCGCAGUUCGUACGAAGCGGCCGAAAGGAGAGCGAGGCAACUUAGCGAGGCCACCGACUCCGAAGGCUUCGCCGAUUACUCGGGCAUACAGUUGGCCUACGCGGCGUACCGCAGCCUGCCGGAGCGGGACGCGACGCUGCCAGACGUGAACCUGAGCGCCGAGCAGACCUUCUUCGUGGCGCACUGCCUCAAGUGGUGCGACCUGAUCAAGAAGCGUAAGCCGGGGGGCCGCUACUGGCCCGGCAGGUCGCGCUGCAUCGUGCCGCUGCAGAACAUGCCCGAGUUCGCCCGCGCCUUCGGAUGCAAGGCCGGGGAUCUGAUGAACCCCUCGAAGAGAUGCGACUUCUGGUAG